AUGUAUCUGCUCCAGCUUAUUGCUGUCCUGGUGGUGGGAACAUUUCUGGGAUGCGCAGCAGCUUCAGAAGCAACCAGACCUGAAGCGAACACGUGCCCAGUGGUGGCAUGUGCCGCUAGUGGUUUACCAGGCAGAGACGGAAGGGACGGCGCCAAAGGAGAGAAGGGAGACCAAGGGGUCGGACUGAAGGGCCAACAGGGUUUCCCUGGGAAGGCCGGACCUCCGGGCCUGGUGGGAAUGCAAGGACCUACAGGUGAAAAAGGACAAAAGGGAGAAACAGCAGCUACUGAUGCCGUUCAGUAUCAAGUAACUGCUCUGGAAAACAAGUUACAGGCUCUCCAAGCUGAACUUAACAAAUACAAAAAUGUGGUGUUGCUGCAGGGGUUGACAGUCGGGAAGAAAACUUUCUUUUCCACUCACAAGAAGGACAAUUUUGCUAACGGCAGAGCCCUGUGUGCGAAAGCAGAAGCAGCCAUGGCCUCCCCCAAGAACGCCGCCGAGAACUCCGCCGUGCUAGAACUAACAAAGAGGGAUUCCAAGUGGGCUUUUCUUGAUAUAAACGACAUGGAGAGGGAGGGCACUUUUGUGUAUGCAAAUGGUGUGCUGGUUGGCUACACCAAUUGGAAUCAAGGAGAGCCCAACAACAGUGACCAAUCCGAGGACUGCGCCACUAUCUUGGCUGAAAACGCAAAGUGGAAUGACUACAACUGUGCACACACAUCUCUCAUUAUUUGUGAAUUCUGA